CGAUGCUGAUGGGUUGUUACCAGGUCAGAAAUCGAAUCGACGUUGUUGUUGCUCACGAAUUGUUUGUUUACUUUGUCAGCGACCUCGAUGCUCAAUGUCAAUUCAGAAAGCACAUCGAACUUUUCCAGACUGAAUACUAUCAUCUAGUAUCUAGUACACAAGACCGCUCACCCAGCGCUGUCUGCUGGUUCAAUAAACGCCUGUUUCUGAAAGAUGAGCGGCAUAGCACCAGAAUACGCCGCCUUCUUUCCUCCAUCUACCCAUCCCAACAUCCCCAGGUACGCAUCCUCGGUACUCUCCACCCUCAGGUCGUCCACCGGGAACCGUGGGACCGCAAACGAACUCCGUCCGGAACAACGAGCCGCUUUGGCUGGUAUCAGCGCUAUAUUGGCAUGCGAAAGAUACGGCACCGAAGAUAUCUCUAUCGAAUACGCCCGUAAACGCUCGGCGACCACUCGGACGAUCUUCCAAUCUACUCUUGUACAAUGUAGGGAGAUCAUCGCGUCAAGCCGGACGACUCCCAGCAAAUCUAGGUCGAUCGCGAGUCCUCGGACCACUCCAGGGGGCAGUAGCAGCUUCUUGCCAGGCAGUCCAUCCAGAGCUCCAAGUACUCCUCAUAGGGCGGGCGGGAUCUCGAACCCGUUCUUAUCGCCCUCUGAUAAAGGAAAGGACAAGAUCGGGCCGGUGACUCCGGGGAGAACACCGGGUUCGCCGUUCGGGAGGGGAAGAUUGGAUCUGACCGGGUUGAGGAGGAAUACCAGUACUACGAGCACCAGUGCUGGUGGUGCUAAUGUCACGACGGGUACGACUUCAGAGGGAGUCAAGCUUGAUAGAGGGACUGGAAGCGAGGCCGAUGCAGGGAACACGGAAAGCGAGAAAGGGAAAGGCAAGGAGAAACAACCCGUCCCCGGCCAUGGAUCUGCUGCUGGUUCAAGCUCAGAAGCGGAGUCGAGACCAGGUCCUCUGAGCGUUCCUUCGCCUUUUCUUGCCUUGAGUCCCAAUGCAUCUCCGAGCAAGGCGAGCGGCAGUACUACAGGCGCAACUGGGUCGGCCGGGCCCAGAGUUGUAGCAUCAGCGACAAAGCCGAUCCCGACUACACCGACGAAAGCCCGUCAGACCGCCCACCCAGACCCCCUGCUCAUCCCGUCAAGAUCCAGAGCAUCGCCUUUGGCUUCGACAUCGGACUCAACCUCAGCUCCCGCUCCAGCAUCAGCGGGACCGAUCGCCCCCUCCCCGUCUCGUCGUGGAAACGCUUCACCGAUGCACAACUCGUUGUUGAAGGCCAAGGCCGAGAUGGUCCGUCGGGCCGGAUUCGCAGCGAUUGACGAACGGGACGAGGACGAAGAGGAAGAUGAGGACGAGUUGGCAUUGGGCACGAGGACAAGUGCGCGAAGAGGUGCGGACGGGGGAUCUCCCUCGAAACGGAGGAAAUUCCAGGGUCAAGGGAUCGACUUGGAAUCCGCCAUCAAAAGUUCUCAUUCCAUCUCGGGACGUAUGGGGAAAGAACCGACGAGUCCUUCUUCGAGCAAGAGAAAGCUGCGGGAAGGUUUGAUCGAGAGGGAGGUGGAGCCUGUCAGGCCUACAGUGGACAUGCUCCAGCUCGUCCUUCCUCCCGGUCUGGCAUCGAUCUCCUCUGCGAGCGCCACAGCCGCGAGUCCUGCAGCUACGACCACGAUGAAGAUGUUGCCAUACCUCGUCUCGCCUUACGUAUCCAUCCACCACCCUCCGCUCACCUACUCUGGAAUAUCCAACCACGUCCUGCCAAGCGCGCUCGAUCGAAUCUUUGCCAAGACGGUCCCCUCUGCCGAAUACGCUUGGGGGCCAUCGUUCUUGAUGCAAUGUAAAGGCGGUCAUGGGUAUGUCGAUUGGGAUGAGAAUCAGCAGGGAGACGAAGGACGAGACGAGGAGAGAGAGAUGUGGAAGCGGCUAGACAUGGCCGAUAAGCGCAAGAGGCGAGCAGAGAAGAGAAGAAGGAGGGUUCUGAAGCACCUACAGAAGGGGCUAGAAGUGCCCCGCGAAGACGAUGAUGCCGGGAUGGACGUUGACGACGAUCAAGGACGCAAGAAAAGGCGGGUCGAGAGGCCGAGGUGGGAACGAGAGUUCGGUAUGGAGGACAAUCAUGCCGAGAACGGCCUCAGGGUGAAAGCAUUGUCUGAGGUGUACAAUGCACCAGGCUCGGUUGAGGCGGUUAACAAAGAAUCUGGUGCAGCUGCCGUCCCGUGGGAUCCGAAGCAAGCCAUAUGGUUGGCAAGGGCCGAAAGUAAAGGAAUUGCCGUGAAAGUCUGGAGCGAGGAAGUACUGGGCGGGUCAACCUGAGCGAAUGCGGACCGCAUGCAGGAGUACGAUCGAUAUAUGGAAAGUAAACAGCCUAUGCAAGUACUACCUAACGUACGAGGACAAGUGCAACGUCAAUGUUGAUACAGACAGUCGUG